AUGUCUAAUGUAAUCAAGCAAAGAAUGUGCAUUAAAUUUUGUUUUUGUGAUGGAAUUACUGCUACAAAAGCAUUGAAAAUGUUAAAAUGUUGCAAAAAGCAUUUGGUGACAAUAGUCUAUCAAAAACAAGAGUUUGAAUGGUACAAGAUGUUCAAGGAAGCCAGAGAAUGCUUUGAAGAUGAACCAAACUCUGGUAGACCAUCAACUGAUGAACACAUUGCUCCAAUCAUAGAUUUGGUGCUAAAUGAUUGCCAUUUAACAAUUAGGGACAUUAUUGAACAUGUUCUGAUAUCAUUUGGAUCUUGCCAAGCAAUUUUAAAAGAUAAUUUGGGUUUGCAAUAUAUUGUUUCUUGA